AGAAUAUGGCCGACAUUUUGAUAUUGCUGUCAUGAAGAUUUUUCAGUGACAUAAAUUUUUAACUUUGUAGUUCUUCAUGCACGGUUUUAAGUUCCCAGAACAUUUUAUUUUUAAUUGCUUAUACGGUGUUUAGUGUAAGGUAUUUUUUUUAUACAAAAUGGCAGCUGAUCGAGAGAUUGCUGCUGAAGACAGUAUUAGAGUCGUAUGCCGAUUUCGGCCACUCAAUGACUCUGAAGAAAAGGCUGGUUCUAAAUUUAUUGUGAAAUUUCCUUCAGGACCUGACGACAAUUGCAUUUCAAUAGGGGGUAAAGUUUACUUAUUUGACAAAGUAUUCAAACCAAAUGCAACCCAAGAGAAGGUUUACAAUGAAGCUGCAAAAAGCAUUGUGUCAGAUGUAUUGGCAGGUUAUAACGGUACUAUAUUCGCCUAUGGACAAACAAGUUCUGGUAAAACACAUACAAUGGAAGGUGUCAUAGGAGAUCCAGGGAAACAGGGUAUUAUACCACGGAUAGUCAAUGAUAUAUUCAAUCAUAUCUAUGCAAUGGAGGAGAACCUUGAAUUCCACAUCAAGGUUUCAUAUUUUGAAAUUUACAUGGACAAAAUCAGAGACUUAUUGGAUGUAUCAAAAGUGAACCUAAGUGUUCAUGAAGACAAAAACAGAGUUCCGUUUGUAAAAGGUGCUACAGAAAGAUUUGUGUCAAGUCCUGAAGAAGUGUUUGAAGUCAUUGAAGAGGGAAAAUCAAAUAGACACAUUGCAGUGACAAACAUGAACGAACACUCAUCUAGAUCUCAUUCAGUCUUCCUCAUAAAUGUUAAACAGGAAAACUUAGAAAAUCAGAAAAAGCUCUCUGGAAAAUUGUAUCUUGUGGACUUGGCAGGUUCUGAAAAGGUAUCUAAAACUGGUGCUGAGGGUACUGUGCUCGAUGAAGCGAAAAACAUCAACAAAUCAUUAUCGGCGUUGGGUAACGUCAUUUCAGCUUUAGCGGACGGAAACAAAUCGCACAUACCUUACAGAGAUUCUAAAUUGACGCGUAUAUUACAAGAAUCGCUCGGUGGUAACGCUAGGACGACCAUUGUCAUUUGUUGCUCCCCCGCAUCUUUCAAUGAGAGCGAGACCAAAAGUACUCUCGAUUUCGGUAAAAGAGCGAAGACUGUCAAGAAUGUUGUAUGCGUCAACGAGGAACUCACGGCUGAAGAAUGGAAACGGCGUUAUGAGCGGGAAAAGGAGAAAGUGGGCAGACUCAAAGGCAAGGUUGAGAAGUUGGAAGCGGAACUCAGUCGCUGGCGCUCUGGCGAAACGGUACGACCAGAGGAACAAGUCAACUUACAAGAGAUCGAAGCUGUCACACCUGUUACAUCAUUCAUUGAGGAGAAACCGCCAGCGCCGCCGGUGCCAGUGGCUGUGUCGAGCGUAGUAGAAGACGCGACCAUGCAAGGAAAGCUGGAAGCCCUGUACCAACAGCUGGAUGACAAGGACGAAGAGAUUAACCAGCAUUCGCAGCUCAUUGAGAAGCUCAAGGAGCAGAUGAUGGAACAAGAAGAGCUCAUUGCCUGCACCAGACGCGACUACGAGGCGCUGCAAGGUGACAUGAACCGUAUCCAGCAGGAGAACGAAGCGGCCAAGGAGGAGGUUAAGGAAGUACUCCAGGCCCUCGAGGAGCUUGCCGUCAACUACGACCAGAAAUCGCAGGAGGUCGACAGCAAGAGCCGCGAGUGCGAUCAGCUCUCCGAAGAACUGCAGACUAAACAGAGUGCCUUGACUAGUGCUACAUCUGAACUGCAACAACUCCGCGACUUGUCAGCUCAUCAGCGCAAACGUAUAGCGGAACUGCUCACAAAUCUCUUACGUGACCUGGCGGAGAUUGGCGCUGCGGUUGGCGGUUCAGAGUUGGACUUCAAACUGAAUGUGGACACUGUUGGCAAACUGGAGGAAGAGUUCACAGUGGCCCGUCUCCAUAUCAGCAAGAUGAAGAGCGAAGUCAAGAAUAUUGUGCAGCGAUGCCAUUCACUGGAAUCUGCCAACAUCGAUGCCAACCAGAAGAUUGAAGAGUACGAGCGUUCAUUGGGUGAAUGCCGAUUGUUGAUCUCCCAACACGAGGCUAGAUGCGCUUCCUUAGCAGAAUCGAUGCGCGAAGCAGAGAACAAGAAGCGGCAACUCGAAGAGGCGGCGGAUGCUUUACGUGAAGAAUGCGCCCGUUUGCAGGCUGCGGAACGAGUACAGCUGGCAGCAGCGGAGCAGCGCGCGGACUCGCAGCUGCGUGGUGCUCUGGAAGCUCAGCUGGAACAGCUGCGUACUGCUCACGCCACACAGCUGGCGGGACUUCGUGACGAGCUGGCCGCGCUGCAGAGACACCACCAGGAACUCAAGGAUUCAUACCAAGAGCUGACAUUGGCCCGCCAACAACUCCAAGACGAUUACGAGAAGCUGAAACGCGAGGAAGCAGACAAAUCGGCCAAACUCAAGGAGCUCAUUCAAAGCGUGGAGAGGCGUGAGCAGGCUCGCGCGGAUCUCAAAGGCUUGGAAGAUACAGUUGCGAAGGAACUCCAGACCCUGCACAAUUUGCGCAAACUUUUCGUACAGGAUCUACAGGCAAGGAUAAAGAAAUCCACAAACUCCGAGGAGGGUGCAGAAGAGGAAGGCGGUUCGCUCGCACAAAAGCAGAAGAUCUCGUUCUUGGAGAACAACUUGGAACAGUUGACGAAAGUGCAUAAGCAGUUGGUACGCGAUAACGCGGACCUGCGAUGUGAACUGCCCAAACUGGAGAAACGUUUGCGCGCCACCAUGGAACGGGUGAAAGCGUUGGAGACAGCGCUGAAGGAGGCUAAAGAAGGAGCGAUGCGUGACCGCAAGAGAUACCAAUUCGAGGUCGACCGAAUCAAGGAAGCAGUGCGCGCCAAGAAUCUCGCACGGAGAGGUCCUCAAGCGCAAAUUGCGAAACCAAUUCGCGCUGGAGGCGGACACUUGGUCGGUGGCGGAGCACCCGGCGUUGUACGGCCCGCUCCUGCUCAGGACAUCAAACGGAAAUCCAUCAUCGUUGGUGCACGUGAUGAAAGUUGAAGAGGUGGCCGCUAUCGUAUAGAGAAUUUACAUGAAACAUCUUAGAUGUACCUACCACAUGAACGCGAACAGUCACAUGAUAAAUUAUACCCUUUAUAUUACUAUGUGUUUAUGAAAAGCCUAUAAUGUAAGUUCUAUCACACAGAAAAAAAAUAACUAAAAAUAUCUUAGAAAUCUCGUAUAAAUGCUUAAUAUUUUGAGCUGUCUAAUCUUAAAUUCGAUAAGUGCACAUGGAUUUAGAACUUAGCUUUUCGCUAAAUAUUUAUAGGUCGGAAGUUUCAUUGAAUUCCUUAUCAAUUUUAAUGUUAGGUAACCAUGCAAAAAGUAUUAUAAAAUAUGAGCAGACCCGAUGCUACGAAGGUCUUUGGAUGUUGCUAUUUUUUAUUAAAUCAGAUAAACUAUAUUUUUUAUGAAAUGACUAUAUUUAGUUUUUCAACUUUGAAUGCUGCAAAUGCAUUUUGGCUAAAUUAAAUGACCUUUAAAUAAUCUCAUUGGGAAGAAAUGUGUGUAAGGUAUAUCAAAUUUGAGGUUCAGUACAAACCAAUGCCCAGUUACCAAUUUACCAGUGAACAUCCACAUUUCUUCCCUAUCGAAGUGAAAUUAUGAUUUCAAAGAUGCAAUACGUUUUUAUCUUUAAGAAUAAACUGUGAAUCAUUUGCAGACUUGCAUAUGCUGCCGCACAAAAAUAAACAAAAAGAAAAAAAAUACAAAAAAAUAUAUAAGAAGGUGUACUAUGGCCGUAUAUGUCUAUAUUUCACGUGUGGUGGCAAAUGCAUACGAGAACGCAUCGUCAAUGUGUAGAUGUGUAGUGUAAGCUUCUUUAAUAUAUAUUUUUAUAUAUUGUGAUAAGCAAUGUUAUGCCGAUAUGUCAGCAUUUAUGUAGAUAACAUGACACGAGGUACUCCACGAGGUAAUGAGUGAUAACGAGACGACAGUAAGUAAAUGUCCACGAUUCUCUCCCCCUCCCUCCCCCCAAAGUUAAGUUCGUUUCCCCGUUGGUGAGCUGUAUUGGUUUUGUUCGCGUGGUGCCUGAGCGACUUGCUGCCACUAGCAAGUUCUCUGCCUACAGGCACGGAUUGCGCUAGAUGGAAUGCCUAUAUAAAUUAGUGGGCGAUUUUUGUAUUAAACAAAUACGAAAAUCUCUUUCAACUAAAACAUUUUAAAUUGCGAUAGAAUAAUUUUAAAUGAAUAUAUAAUUAUGAUAAACAUUUUAGAACUUUUUUGCUCGGGUUAUCAUUCAUUAACACCUUUAUUAUAUCGGACCUCAUAUAACGCGACUCCUUCACUUGCUUCGAGCUGUGAUGAUUUUUUUAGCAAAUUUUCUUUUAUUUUGGUGUCUCGCGUAAUUUUUUUAGUGGUAUUUUUAGUCGUUAAGUUUCAAUAUUGGCUUUCUCGACAGUGGUGUUAUAAAGAUGGCGAACGCUUACGUUUUUAAAAAUUUGCCAUUCCCAUAACAUUUAUACUCUGUAAUAGGUGUUAAAUAGACUGUUUUCCUGUCACUUCGAAGCUUACUAAUUCAUAAAACAAAAUUGGAAAUAAAUGCAGUCACACAAAGAUUACACUCACUUCAUUUUAAUAGCGCCAGCUUCAUAGUAGAUCUGUAACUUAUGUAAGUACUUAUGAAAUAAUCACUUGAGUGCAGUUUUAAAUGCCAGGACUGCUGCGCGGUGCGAAUAUAAUGGUUCACUGUGAAGUAAUUCUGGCGACUGUGCCCUAUGAGGAGUUAUGGAACUAUGGUCGGAGCGCUCGCAAACCAAAGAUAAAUCACAAUGUCUAGAUUUAUUAUUAAUCGAGAUUAAUUACCAACUGAAAUUCAAAACCAGAAUUACUCAAUGGUUCCAAAGCUCCUUAGCGUGUUGCAAUACAUUGUAUAAUUUAGGUGUAAAGUUGAUAGUAAAUUAUUUCCCCUUUAAAGUAUAUUGAUUUUAUUAUAUUUUAUUUAUUAAAUAUGGAGCCUAAAUUAUCUUGUUUCUUUUUUUCAUUUUAGGAGAGUAAUACGCUUUUUUUACAUACCUCUAUACAUUAUUGUAAUCACGAUCAAAUACAUAUUUUUUUCAUUUAAAACUAGAGAUGUGUACAAAGAUACAUUCUAAGAUUGGGACGUGUCUUUGUUGGUCUUUUAGUUGUUUUGUUAAAAAUAUAGUUAAUAAGAGGCUAACCUCGGUUUCCACUCGCCUGUUGCAUAGAUAGCUCAAACCGGUUACCGGCAACGCUACAUCUGUUACAAAGGUCGGGUAUACCGCAAACCGGAAGGCUUGCCUUUGCACCAAGUGAUUUAGUUUAUAUCUACAUCUUUUGUAUGAUGUAUUAAUAUAGAAAAUUCUCGAAGAGAGUGUUGUCUUGAUUUUUAUUUAUUACGAAAAUAAAAUUAUGAAUUUCAUUUGCU